UCUGCCAGAGGCACCUGGAAGAUCACAGAAGUCUGGCCGGGUCCCAUCAUCCCUUUGGCACCCAGAUUCCUCCUCCGUUCUACCUCCUUGACACAAUGGUUGCCACUCUGAAACCCUGGCCCCUCGUGAUGGCUGUGACCCUGUGUGUCCUGUUCUGCUUGGGAGCCUUCAUCGAUGCCUACCCUCCGAAGCCCGAGAGUCCUGGAGAGGAUGCUUCCCCUGAAGAACUGGCAAAAUACUUCUCAGCUCUUCGGCAUUACAUUAACUUGGUAACAAGGCAGAGGUAUGGUAAGAGAUCCAGCCCAGAGACCCUGAUGUCAGAGCUCAUUUUUGGAGACAGCAGCAGCAGUAGCAACAACAACAACGAUCACAAUGGCAGAUCAAGAUUUGAUGAUUCAUAUAUGUGGUGACGACCUUCUCACUUCUCGUCCGAGAGCUUCAUGGGUUCCAGUUUUAUUGUGUCGUUUGCAUUUUUUUGGGAAAAACAAUCAAGCCUUGAUGAGCUGAUCCCUUUCUUUAGAGGGCCUGUCCUCUUCCUUAUCCUCCAAUUUCCCCUCCCCCAGAAUCUGAGGCUUGGUGUAGCAUCACUGGGUAUUUUCAGACAACAACAUUAAAAAGGAGGCCCCGCCUCCCCCUCACAAGCCUAGCAGAAGGCACUGCAGAAGAUCUUAGUGCCUGGGGCAAGAUGGGGUAUGAGUGUCUUUGGUGAUGGCAUAUGUUGUAUUUGUAAUGGUGUCUGUGUUGACUUGUCAGUGCAAGACCCCACUAUGUUCGCCCUGGGUCCAUCUUUAUUUUAUACAUCAUUUAUACAUGUAUGUGUGUGAAUGUGUGCACGCAUGAAUGAGUGUGUGUAUGUGUAUGUAUAUAUAUUUAUGUAUUUUCAAUAAA